AUGCGCUCCCCCCACAUGAACCACACCCCCACCACCUCCCUCACCUCACCACCAAACAACCACCACCUGUCGUCUCCAACAACAGCAACGACAACAACAACAACAGCAACCACCUCCCCCCGAAAUGACCCCCCCAUCCCCAUCUCGAUAACCAUCUGCGGCGACGGCGGCUGCGGCAAAUCCUCCAUCACCCUCCGCCUCGUCCGCUCGGGCCAGCCAGGCAGCUGGACAGACGACUACGACCCCACAAUCGAAGACUCGUACUCCAUCACCCGCCGCAUCGACGGCGUCACCUACCACCUCUCCCUGACCGACACGGCAGGGCAGGAAGAAUACCGGGGCAUGUGGGCCUCUUCCAACCUCUCCUCCGACGCCUUCCUCCUCGUCUACGACAUCACCAGUCUUGACUCGCUGCACGCGCUAGAGUACUUUAACGAUCUGAUUGAUAUGGAAGCGGAAACAAGAAUGGACAACGCUGCGAGGGCGAGGAAGGCGGGGGUGGUGGAUUUGGGAGGGUUGGGUGGGGAAGGGAAUAAGAUGGUGCCGCCGGUGAAGAUUGUGGCGGGGAACAAGUGCGAUUUGAAGGAGGGGAGGAGGGUGGCGGCGCAGGUUGGGCUGGAGUGGGCUAGGGGGAGGGGGUGCGGGUUUAUGGAGACUAGUGCGAGGUUGGAGGUUAACAUUGAGGAGACGUUUGAGUUGAUUGUUAGGAGGGUGGUGGAGGGGAGGAGGUUGGCCGAGAUGGAGGCGGACGAGUUACUUGGUGGUGGUGGGAGGGGGAAUGAGAUGGGGAAUAAUAAGAGGGGGAUGACGAAGCCGUUGACGCCGUUGCCGGAUCGGAGGGGGGAGGAGGAAGGGGGGGAGAAGGAGUUGGGGAGGAGGGGGGUGAAUAAUAUUGAGGGGGGGAUUGGGAGACCGGGGUUUUGGAAGAGGUUGAGGUGUUGGUGA